UUCUGUGCUGGGAGUUUGGGGUUGGCCCCAGCCCGCCUGCGGCUACCAAACUCCAACCUCGGGCGCUGCAGGCUGCACCCACCGACACCGUCGGCGAGCUGUGUACCCUCCGUGGACGUGCAAGCUCUUGGCUGUCGUGAGGUGCCUGCAGACGUGUCAGGUGGAGGCGGACAGACUGAGCCGGGUCGCGGACUUUGCUUCUGCAGCGGCAGCGCUGGCAGCGGGUCCGGGCCGGCAACGCCCAUCUCACCUGUGAACACUAGGUCCUGCAGCGUCUGUUUCUUCCCCAGCGCUGGCAGCGCUGACCAUGAGGAACACGAGCAAGGAACUGCAAGGCGCCGCCUUGCACCGCUACGCUCCCUGCGACUGGUACUACCACCACCCCGUGAAGCGCUCCGAGACGGCCGUGGAUGCCCCGCCGGCGUCCCAGAUCCCGGGGCUCAGCCACUGGGGAGAACCACAGGACGGCCACGCGCUUGGGAGUCGGAGAUACUGGGUGAAAGAAACAGACUCGGAGUACGUGAAGCUCGCGAAACAAGGCGGCAGGCCCGAGUGCCUGCUGUCUCCAUGCCAGAUUACAUGGUUUAUGAAGAAUUCAACCCUGAUCAUGCCAACGGUAGCUAUGAAUCCAGAAGAGGGCCCUUCGACUUCGACAUGAAAACUGUUUGGCAAAGAGAGGCUGAGGAACUUGGAAAGGAGAAAAAAAAGGUGAGGCUACCAGCCAUCAACUCAAAGUAUCCGAGCAAAGUGGGGACUCCACUUGGCCCUAAAGAUUCUGCAGGAAGUAGACUCUCCUUCCCUCCAAUGCCUGGCCAGAAAACCAAUUCACCAACAAAUUUCUCCAAACUUAUUAGCAAUGGUUAUAAGGAUGAGUGGUUACAGCAGCAGCGAGCUGAUUCAGACAAGAGGACUCCAAAGACAUCCAGGACAUCUACGUCAUCUCAGUCCACACGAGACCCUGAAGGGCCUCAGGCUGCAGAGAAAAUCCAAGACGCAGAGGCUCCCGAAGGCUCUGAGAGCACUCAAGAGUCUUCUCCAAGCCCAGAGGCAUCUCCAUCUGCAUCAACACCAGCAGAGCUCAAAUAAACCCUGAUGCAAUAUGCAUUUAGGAUAACUAUUUUAGUGGCUAAAUAUGAUAUGACUAUGUUACAGCUACAUUUAUAAGGCUCGUGUUAUGUUUUAUUAAUAUAUAUUCUUAUGGAAUAAUUUAUCUUGCAGCAGAUUCGACAUUACAGUAUAGACAGUGCAAGCGUUAAGUUUUGUUUCUUGCAUUUCUCUGAGAUGUUAAACAUGUGGUCAGUAAAUAUAAGCAAGGCCUCUGGUACCCUUUGCCUUGCUGGCCUGGAGAUGUCCCAGUGUCUCAGAACCAAUCACUUCCUCUUUGUCAUCAGCUAACAUCACCUGUGUGAACCACUGUUGGGUGGCAUUUCUAUUGGAUUCUUAACUAGAAGAAACUUUACAGAAUAAACUUUAAGCCUCUUCCAUUAUUUGGCUCUGUAAUCUUUGUAGAAAUAAUUUUCCAUUUAGAAAAAAAAUUUAAUGCCAUAAUAUGGUGAUAUAGUUUAAAUUAAGCAAAUUAUUUUAAUUUAUCAUGCCUUGAAGUUACAAACAUUUCAUGUAAAACAUUGUAACAUUGCUAGUUUUAAAUUUUUGCUAAUACUUUUUACAUAAACUGAAGUUCAAAAUAUUAAAUAUUUAUUAUUUUAUAUUCUUUAAGUAAAAAUAUGUUGAAUUUUAAUAUUUAAUUUAGUAACUUUAACAAAAGCUUUUUAAUAGACUGAAUUCUCUUGUUUUACGAAUUUUGUUUAUAUAUAAUUAGCAUUAAAAUGUAGUUUUAUAUUUUGUACAUUUAAUUGAUUAAUAAAAUGAUAAUUUUAUGUAGGAAGGUUCAGAAAGCCAAAUAAGGUUACAGAUACUGGAGCUUCUGUCCCAGAAUAAGCUUAUCAUGCACUUGCGUACUGAAAAUUUAAGUUUCAAAUUAGUUCUCUAAAUGAGAUAUUUAAUUAAGCAUAUCUACUUAUAUCAUUUGAUCAAACUGAUAUACUAUGAGAGAAUGCAUAUGCAGUGUGUAAAAAUGUGAAUGGCUGUAUAUAUUGAAUAAAAAGAAUAUACCAUCA